AUGCCAAUACCGUUUGGAUUUUCCGUGGGAGACUUUCUAACUGUGAUAGAUCUCACCGCCAAAAUUGUUGGAGCUCUUAGCGAUGCUGGAGGCGCGUCUACCGAAUAUCAACACGCUUUAAUCGAGAUCGAAGGCUUUCAGAGAGUAAUAAAUAUUGUCUCCAAACUCAGCCCGACGGAGAACAAUUUGGAGCAUGCUCUCCAUGGAAGCAUUCGGAAGCUGAGAUGGACAUUCUAUGGCUCAGACGACUUCAAGCAAUUUCGGAGGUUUAUUGGGAUGAAGGUUCUCUGCAUUAACAUGUUGCUUUCCACGCAAUUAUACCAAUCUGAUUCUAAAGCCCAGCCCACUCAGCGACGAGAAGACUCCUAUCUUCUUGGGGAGGUCAUUAAAAUACGGCAAAGCAUGGAACAACUCGAGCUCGCCUCUGUCGCUUCGCAAAACAAUGCGGGUUCUGCAAUCGAAGAGGCCUUGGAACCGGUAAAAGACCAGCUCAACUUUAUCGCCGAUGGUUCUAAACGCAAAUUCGACUCAAUCUCAAUGGAUAUCACAUCCAUUGGGACUUCGGUGUCUUAA